AUGGCCGACGAAGUAAAGAGCGGUGGCAGCCGCCAUGAUACCGACAACGAAAAGACAUCGGGGGCACGGAGCACAAGUAACAUCGGUGCAUAUCCCAAUGAAGAGCAGAUGGCCCGAGCAUGCUUUGGGACCAACGAAGCACUCCCACUGAUCUUUCUGGUCGCGCUCCAGAGCACUCGAUUAUUUCUAGCAUUGCCGAUCGUAGGGACAAUCUACGCCUAG